AAACUUUUAUUUUAAAGAACUGUUCCUGACUGCUGAUUCCUUCGUGUGAAAGACUUUGAAAAUGAGAGCAAAGAACUUGCAACAGCAGCCAAUAGAUGUUUUGCAUUUGCAGAGAUAACAGAGCAUUUUUGGGCGUUGUCUUUCUUAUGUAUCUGCCAGGCUGGGUGUGCAAAGCUGUCUGUAACUCUGUCCUUCCGGUAGCCAAGUAGGGCUGUCUGUUUAACAGUCCUCAGAAGAAAGUAACAUGGCUCUGAGCUGGCUGAUUCCACUCUAUCACGCCCCUUGCCUUCAUGCUAGUUAUUUCCAUUUAGAGGGCAUAGGGGCCCCUCAUCAGCCAUGCGAGGGAACCUCUGCUUGGGAGCUCGUGUUCCGUUGUGGCCACUGGGAAGAUUCGGUGAAUCUCUUCCUGACUGGGAAAAUAGAAAGUGCUGUUACCUCGUUAGGUGCUUGCAGUGGAGGAGUGGAACAGCACACAGAGAGACGGGGAGUCAUCUAUAGUCCUUCUUGGCCAUUGAACUAUCCUCCAGCUGUAAACUGCAGCUGGUACAUUAAAGGAGAUCGUGGAGACAUGAUAACAAUUAGUUUUAAAAACUUUGAUUUGGAAGACUCUCAGAAGUGUUCAGUAGACUGGUUGAUGAUUGGCCCAUCUUCCAAGAGGGAGGAGUACAAAGUGUGUGGAUCUUCCAUACCUCCGUCUUUCAUCUCUGCAAGGAACCAUGUUUGGAUAUUUUUUCACUCAGAUGCAUCAAGCUCAGGACAGGCUCAGGGAUUUCGCCUUUCUUAUAUUAGAGGAAAGAUAGGUCAGGCUGUAUGCCAGUCAGAUGAAUUCCGUUGUGCAAAUGGAAAGUGUAUUCCCAGUACUUGGAAGUGUAAUUCCAUGGAUGAGUGCGGUGAUAAUUCGGACGAGAGAAAUUGCACUAUCCCUCCAACAGAGCCUCCGUCCAGCAUCUGUCCCUCAGGAAUGUUCCAGUGCAGUGCAGCCCACUCCACCAAGUGCUUGAUGAAUGAGCUGAGAUGUAAUUCAGUUAAGGACUGCAGCGAUGGUUCGGAUGAAGAUAAUUGUCCUGAUCUUUCUUGUGGCAAAAGGCUGGGUAAUUUUUAUGGAUCUUUUGCUUCCCCAGACUUAUUCCGUUCUGAUCACAGCAGAUCAGACCUUCGUUGCACAUGGUACGUGGACACACAAGAUAAUCGACAUGUUCUGUUGCAGCUUGAUUUGCAGUUAGGCUACAAUGACUACGUAAAGGUGUAUGAUGGCAUCAAAGAGAGUGGUGAUAAAUUAAUGCAGACCUUUUCCUACCACAACAAUAGGCAUUCGGUGAGCGUAGAGUCGUCAAAGGGCCAGCUUACUGUCUCAUAUCAUGCCCGCUCCAAGAGCACUGGCCACGGGUUCAACGCAACCUAUCAGGUGAAAGGCUAUUGCCUUCCUUGGGAACACCCUUGUGGAAGCGAUGAGGAGUGUUUCACAGAUAAGCAGCGUUGUGAUGGCUGGUGGCACUGUCCAAAUGGCAAGGACGAGGAGAACUGUCCUGCUUGCCAGAAAAAUGAAUACCCGUGUGAAGGAAACAGUGGGCUUUGUUACUCAAUACUUGACCGCUGUAAUAACCAAAAGAACUGCCCAGAUGGCUCAGAUGAAAAAAACUGCUUUACUUGCCAGCCAGGAAACUUCCAUUGUGGUACAAAUCUGUGCAUCUUUGAGACUUGGCGCUGUGACGGCCAAGAAGACUGCCAGGAUGGAAGCGAUGAACAUAACUGCCUGGUGAUCGUUCCCAGGAAAGUCAUCACAGCUGCUCUGAUUGGGAGUCUCGUGUGUGGCUUGCUGCUGGUGAUAGCACUGGGCUGUGCAUUUAAAUUAUAUUCUCUAAGGACCAGGGAAUACAGAGCAUUUGAGACCCAGAUGACGCGACUUGAGGCAGAGUUUGUGCGGCGGGAAGCUCCACCGUCCUACGGGCAGCUGAUCGCGCAAGGACUUAUCCCCCCAGUUGAAGACUUCCCUGUGUACAAUGCGUCACAAGCUUCUGUGCUGCAGAACAUUCGAACAGCUAUGAGGAGGCAGAUGAGACGACACUCAUCAAGACGGAGCUCAUCUCGGCGGCGCUUGGGCAGGCUCUGGAACAGACUCUUCCACAGACCUCGGGUGAGAGGACAGAUCCCACUCUUGACGCCUGCCCGCACUUCACAGACUACACUGGGCGAUGGAAUCAUCAACCGUGCUGAUGGGACUAUUCAGAGUCCUCCACCUUCCCCCGAAGGACCUAGUUUAGAGGCAGGUGCCCGUGGCCAAGCCAGGGGCCUACAAGAAGCUGGAUGUAGCAGCUUGCAGCCAGAGACAGAAAUCGCAGAGCCAUCGCCUUCAAAUGUCUUAGCGAAUACUUGCACGGCUGCACAUGCAGAGCCUGAGACUGGACGUGCUGAUAAAUCAUUAGGUGCUGAGACCUCUGGCCCUGAGCUUAAGCAGUCUGGUAAAGUGGAUUCAAGAAAGGCUUUCAGAGAUCCUUUGUCUGAAAGUGUUACAGAAACGAUCCAUGGAGGGUCAGCACCCAGGAGGACUGUCCCAGAGGGCAGUAGUUUAAGUAGAAGUCAUCCGCUGAGUGAAGAGCCAUGUAGGUUACCCUUAAAAAAGUGGGAGUCUGCUUAUUCAGACAGCCCUAUGAAUGUUCAUAUCCAAGUGGAUGGACAAAACCGAUGUUGCCCUAACUCAUACCGGGAGGAGCCUUUGGGUAUUCAUGCGGCUUGUUGCCAUUCUGUGGAAGUGCCAAUGUUAGAGUCCUCUACUCCCCUCUCUGAAAUCAAUACCAGUGAUGAUGAAUCUUUACUUGUUUGCUAAUAAAAAUUUUUGGUUUGGGCCUGUAUAUUUGUAACUUCAUUGUUUAUAUGACAGUGCACUUUGAUAGGUGGUAUGUCUGUGCUCUCAACUUUGUCUCAAAACCAGUGUGCUUUAAUCUCCCAAGGGAGUACAGUACAAGACUAAAUGGGACAAGUUUUUGUCUUCGUUGUUAUUCCUGAAACUCCAGUGGGGCAGAAGUAGGCCAGUAUGCAAUGUCAGGGGCGAGGAGAGCAAGAACGUGUCACUGCAGUUUGGAGGCAUCUCCAUCCUCUGGUAUUUCUUCCGUGCAUUUAUUCACUCUGCAUUCAGGGAAUUAGUGUUUCUUUGCUUUUCAAGUGGUCUUACUGAAACUAGAGAGAACUCCGUUGGAACCUGGGGCAGGCACCAGUCAUUGUAACUAUGAAUACUAAACUAGAAAUAAUGUUGUCUUUUUAAGCAUCAUAAUGUAAUUAAAAUUUAAUAAUUUUAAUUACAAAUACUUAGAAGGAAAUAAAAUCCUUUGUAGCUUCCUCUUUAUAGAAAUUGUUCCCUUCCUUUGCUUCCUUCAGAAAUGUUUUGAUGGCCAUAUGUACCUUGAGGCAUCCACUGAAACCAAAGUUUCUGUAUAGAAUACCCAGAAUGAUACCAGAUGUCUUACCUGCUACAGCUUUGUAAUAAGAAAUUAGCGGUGCUCCGUGUAAACGGAGUGCAUUGAACCCCAGUUGCAGCAGUAUUUCUUUUUUGUGUUGUCAUAUGUUACAUUCUCUUCAUAGUGAUGUUGUGAAGGUUGAAGAAUUGUUUGCUUUCUCCCUUCCCAGUAGGAAGCGCUGAGCGCUUGGUAACUGUCAGGAUCAGACUUCUGUUUUAUUUUGAAAUAAAAUCUGCUUCACAAGUUUUCUUGUAAAUCUGCUGUCUAGGUGCAGAUAUAUAAAUUUUUUAUUAUUAUUAUUUCUUAUUUUUAGAGAUUUUGUUUCCUUUUUUCCCUUAAGAACUGAAAUAGAUCAGUGCCAUUUUCAAAGCUGACACUGUGUGGACUGCACAACACUUAGAUGUAAACCAGUGCCUUUUUGGUUCUUAGAGUGUAAUUAAAGGCAAGCAAGUUAUUUAGCUGGAAGAAGGGUGACAUUGCUUAACCAGGAGUAACUCGGUGCAGAGUGGCAGAACGUUAACCACGUGAUAGCUGGGCGCUGUUGCAAUGGCCGGGCUCCCCCAUGCUCUAGCAAGAGCUUUGCUACAAUUCCCCUGUGAUGCAGUGACAAACGCCUUAUAUAGGAAUUAACAAGGAAGUUGACGCUGCUGCUCUAUAGAUACCUGAGUGCUCUGAAGUCUUUUUGUCGCUGUAGGAAUUCAAGUUGCUCAAAGUUAUAAACUGAACUUGUAAAAUUGAGGUGGACCUGGGCUCUGCUGUCCACUGGACCCUCCUGGGCUGUGAAGGCAAACAGGCUUUUGCAGUGAAUAGUUUAGUUUACAUCAAAGUGUCAAAGAUUUUUUUUUUUCCUUUAAAUGGGCUAUAUUUUGCCCUGGAUCUUUUACUAGGACUCCCUUUGGGGGAGUGCGUUAAAAAGAACAAGGGAUAGGGCUUUGGCUUUACUGAAAUGUAACAUGGAAGAAUUAAAUUGAAGUAAUUUUUUUUUUUUCCUCAUCAGUUGCAAAUUGGUUUCAUACUGUGCAUUCCAGAGGCAGAAGAUUCAAACCCCUUAAGGGCAUUAAUAGCAGGAAGGGCUCAUGGCAAAAAUGUGUAACAAGUAAGAGUCGUAGUUACAUUAAGUAAAUACUGCUCGCUUGUUUUUUCCAAGUGCUUUUGUGAUCAGAAUUCAUUUCAUCAAAGGAAAUGUAGUUUUGAAAGAGAUCUUGCUUUCAUAGCAUUUGUAAACCUUUUAGGUACUUUCCACCUUUGCAAGGCCAUGUACUGUAGUCAUCACACUGCCAGGACUGUGGUUUGCAUCUAAAGCUACAGGGUCUAGUGUCUUUUUUUUUUUUUUUUUUUUUCCUAAAGGUAAUUUUGAAUACAUAGACUUGUAUGUGUAAAGUAGUUAAUUAUAAUUGGGAAGAAGAUUGUAUUUCAAGGUUAAUAUUAUGCAGAUAUGAAGGACCUUAGAAAUAAGUGUAUACUCUGUUACAGAAAUAUAUUUCUAUAAUAAAAUAAUGUUGAUCAUACUAUGCCUUAAACUCUCACCACUGUAAGGCUCUUAAAGUUGAAAUAUAUGUACUUCAGAAUAGUGCUGUAUUUUGGGAACAACCCUGAGCAGCUAACACUAUUUUAUUUUAAGAUAUGUAACUUCACAUAAUUUCUUACAUAUAUCAUACAUAUUUUGUGUACUGAUCCAUUUGGUAACUCAGUGGAAAUUUCAUUGAGGUUUUAUUUUCAGAAACUUUAAAAAAUUCAGGUUAAUGAGAAUUGGAUGCUUGAAAUGUACAGAAAUGUUCACAGCCCUCAUUACUGGAAUUUAUAGCCUUGCAUCAAGAGAGAGAAGCCUGGUGCUCUUUGUAAACACCUACUUUUGUAUUCUGCAAGACAGUAUUCUCUCCCAGCUCCCCUAGGUCACUCCUUGGAGGGAAGAGUCACAAAUUUACUGCUUAUUUUGCAGAAGAAAUCUCUAUGUCAGCCCUGUGAGCACAAGCAGGUGUGUUGCAGUGUCCUGGAACGUCAAUAACCUGAAGAAACCACGAAGUCUGCCUUAGUGUAUGUCUGCCCUCCCUCCUCUUGUAGGCAUUUAGCAGUGAAUCAACCAUCCUCAAAGACACCCAACUUCUGUUUCAAGUAAGCGGUCUCCUUGUAUUCAGAACAACUUCUUAAAAUGGAAAAAGGAAAAAAAAAAGGGGGGGGGCGAAAACCUGCUACUAUGCCAGACGUGAACAGGAAGAGCUCGUUGUUACAUUUCUUUGCUCAGUGGAAAAUAUCACACUUUAAUGACUAGACAACCUAACGUUAAGCAGCUAAUAAACCUGUUAAAUUUUUUGUUAUUUUGGUAAUGCUUUUCUGAGCUCUAUAGUUUGUGUAGACAGAAGGAAAACAAAGUAUUAAAGGUAGAUUUUUUUUUUUUUUUUAAAUCAUAUUUUAGGGUAGAAAACUCCCCUGUCGAAGCAAAAAAGUUUCUGAAUAGAGAAGAAUACUUACACUGGUUUAAGAAGAAUGCAGCGUUAAGGGAAAAGUGUCCCCCUUCUGUUUUCUCUUACUGCUGUUAAAACAUGGGCAAUAUUUCUGUUUGAAAUUCUGGCACUUUCCAGCUUGUGUAUGACUCUGUAACAUGCCUUAAAUGUACUUGUUUUCUUUUUCUGUUCUCAGCUUCAGUUUAGUUUUGUUUGUUUGGUCGGGUUUUUUAAUUUCCAUGUUGUAUAUAUUCAUUUAGAUACGACAUUUUACCGUAGCAUAUGUACAGCUAUGUGGUUCAGGUAUGGCCUCAUGGUUGCCGGUGUCUGCUGGUUCCUGGACAAUGAUACUAAGCAAGUAAGAUGCUGGGCAUCAUCAUACUUUGCUCGUGCUUUGGAUCUCUUAAUUUUUAAUAAAAAUUGACGUGC